CUCAUUUUCACGUAGAAGGACUUAGUUACCAAAUUAGCUACUGUUGGAGUUAGGCUUGCGCCGACACCAUCUCUGUCAUGGCGCUCAAUUGGACGAUGCUGGAUGCGAGACACCAGCCUAUACCCUUACACGAUGAGUCCACUAUCAUGUCCAUAGAUCGUGAUUCGCAAGUGGAGUUCUCCAUGACCAUACCUGACGCGCCACCUUCGGGCAUUGCUGCCACCGGGGGCAAUGGUGGGGUGAAGAAGAUGAAGGAGAGAGGGAAACUCUGGCUGACGAACAAACGACUGAUCUUCACAACACCCAAAGGGGGAAAGCCCAAGCCGUCAUUCGAAUCGCUAUCGAUACCACUGGACGCGAUCCUAUCUAGCAAAUUCGAACAGCCUUACUUCGGCGCUAACUUCGUGGUGCUUGAUAUCAAGCCCUCAGUGGAUGGUGGGCUUACAGACGGUACGAGCGUCGAGAUCCGGUUUUAUGACAGGGGGUUAUUUGAGUUCGUGAGUGUCUUGGAGAAGACGCGUGAAAGAGUCGUUUAUAUGAAGAGGCAGGCGGCCAUGGAGGACGAUGAGAACUUACCUGCGUAUACGUCAUCCGGUUCCGCACCGGGAAGUUCAAAUUCAUAUGCGGAUACCCCACCUGGAUAUGUUGCUUGAAAUCAUUUUCUCCACGCAGCAUCAUACUGUGUACCAACAACAUCGGACUUCGUAACAAGGAAUGUAAUAUGUGUACACUUUUUCUAUCGAACUUUUGGCCUUGUCGUUCAUGCAUGCUAGGUGUUAUAAUAUUAAUGCGUUGUUUGCAAUAUCCGUAAACAUCUUAGCUAGUGAUCUAUGAUCUAUACGC